AUGCUUAUGCAGUCUUUAUCUACCUUGAUCAUCAACACUGCUAAAAUGAUUCGGCUUUUGCUACACACCGUUAUUUUCCUAUUUGUCGGCCUCAGUCGAGCAGCCAUCGUCCCCCUUCCUCCAGGCACCGGACCAUGCGACGUCACGCUCCAGGCGAGUGAACUGGUCGAUCAAGCUCGUACCAAUCCAUUCGAUUUAAAAGGGGGUAAACGCGCUCUAAUGGUCACGACCUUUACACCCGUCAAUUGCGGAAGUGUGCUCUCUGAAUCUUACAUACCGAAUGCAACAGCAGCAUACGAGGAUGAAAGUUUCCAGUCUCUUGGACUAGCCGCAGGGACUUUCGAAUCCUUUCGUAUUCAGACACAGCAGCAGCCAUCACCUUCAAGUAUUAACGGAAGCUAUCCAAUUGUGCUAUUCUCACCAGCACUGGGAACAUCAAGAUUGGUGUACACCUCGCUGCUUCAAGACAUUGCCAGUUACGGAUUUGCUGUCAUUUCCGUCGAUCAUCCAUAUGAUGCCAACAUUGUGGAAUUUCCCGACGGCCGUACGGUUAUCGGCGUUCUCGAAAACACCACCACAGAUGCGCAGUUCACUUGGGCUAUGAACGUUCGCGUCCAAGACAUGAUAUUUGUUUACAAUCAGACUCGCAAUGAGACAGCAGUCGGAGACAUAUUCCCCUUGUCACUGGAAAAUCCACAUCUACUAUCUCUCGACCGAGUCGCAAUUACUGGCCAUUCCCUUGGCGGAGCAACAGCAGCGCAGACAAUGUUGGUUGACAACCGAUUUGUCGGCGGUAUCAAUUUAGAUGGUACAUUCUGGGGAUCUGUCCUCACUAAAGGACUGUCCAGCCCUUUUCUGCUUUUCAGUAAUGCCAACCACACAGCGGCAACAGAUCCUAGUUGGGGAACAUUCUGGUCGAAUUUACGAGGAUGGAGAUUGGAGCUACGACUCGCACAGUCUAAGCACUAUACCUUUUCCGACUUUCCGGUGCUUCUCGACUCCCUGAGUAUCUCUGACGAACUGAAAGAAAUUGUCCAGGCCAGUUAUAUUGGGACGAUUGGUGCUUUGCGCGCUAAGAACGUGAUUGUCUCGUACAUCGUUGCUGCGUUGCAGUACUUUGCUUAUGGGCGCACGUCAGAUCUACUGAGUGGCCCUUCGGCAGCAUAUCCUGAUGUUACUUUUGUACAUUCUGCCUAG